CACACCACUGUAGACUCGCGUUCACACAUUCAAACGACGCGCGUGUGCUCAUGUAUGUCAUGAAUGCACUUCAUUUAAUCAUAUAUUCAUUAAUUUAAGAUGGAAAGUGAUACGUUCGAUAUUCUGGAUCAGGUUGGGUAUGAUGGGCCACUGACAGAUGAGCAGUCUUUGUUGGUGGUGUGUGGACGGGGCUUCAGCUCAUCUGAAUAUGUUGAUCUGAUGAAGUGGAUCUCAUCCAGACUUGCACACAUCACUGGUACACACACAGAAGUACCCCUCAUCACAGAUGAUCCAGACAGGUGUGUUGUGGAGCUCAGCAGACUGCUUAAAGACUUCUGCUGUCCGUAUCAAGGACUCGUUUCAGCAUUAGUCAACGGAGAGGUGAAAGACACCAAGGACUUCCUGAAAAUCAUCUUGUUUUUGGCGUCAGAGCUUCAGGCUGCUCAGAUCGUGUCCAGUAAAGCAGUGACGGAUGAAGACGUUCAGGAGGAGGACACAUCUCUUCAGGAUCUCCGAGUGAUUUGUGAAACUCUGAAACUUCCAGAUCCAGACAAACAUGAGACCAGAGGCACAUUUACUGCCAUAGAGAGUCAACUGAGUAUUUUAAUAAAGCAGCUUCCAGAAACACACAUUGGAAAUCCAGCAUUGAAAAGCUGUCUUGAUGCUCAUAAAUGGAGUCAGUUGGAGAAGAUAAACAGUGUUUUAUCUGCGGAAUACGAGUGUCGACGACGGAUGCUCAUCAAACGUCUGGAUGUGACCGUGCAGUCCUUCAGCUGGUCUGACAGAGCAAAGGUGAAACUUGACAGAAUGGCUGAGGCUUAUCAGCCAAAGAGAUACUCAUUAUCAUUUAAGUCAUCAAUAAGUGUGUCUCACCUGCUCGCUGCACGAGAGGACAUCUGCAACCUUGUGAAAACCAGCAGCGGCUCCUGCAGAGAGAAAACUAGCUGUGCCGUUAACAAGAUUCUAAUGGGAGUGGUGCCUGAUCGUGGUGGCCGACCGUCUGAGAUUGAAGCCCCACCCCCUGAGAUGCCCCCCUGGCAGAAGAGAACUGAUGGAGGAGGACGAGGUGGAUAUAGCAGAGGUGGAGGUUAUGGAGGGAACUGGAGCACAGGCCGAUCCAGAGGUGGUUGGAGCUCUGGGGGAGGGGGAGGAGGUCCAGGAGGAGGAGGGUGGAGAUCAGGCAGAUGGAGUAAAGGAGGCAGUGGAGGGCAUUACUAUCACUGACUGUGUUUGUGUGAGAUGAUAAAACAGUGUUAUAUUCUGAUGUGUGAGUGAACAUUUUUAUUACUGCUAAAAUGCAUUGAGGUGCCUCAUGUUUUGGGGAGAUCAAUGAAAUAAAUUUUAAGCAAGUCUGUAGUAGGGUUGCAACGGUAUGAGAUUUUCACGGUAUGAUAUACGUCUCAGAAAAUAUCACAGUAUACAGUAUUACACAAUUAGUAUUAUCAGUGAAAACAGAAGGGUUAUUUUAUUUAUUUAUUUUUGAGCAAACACUUUAUUAUAAUUGAAACUUGAAACCAUUUAUUUUAUUGAAGUAUGUGUAAAGUCUCCCUUUUGAAAAUAAAAUAGAGUAAAUAAGAAAACUAACAGAAUUAUAAUAAUAAACCGAAUUAUAAACAUGAUAAAAAUAGCAUGAAAAUAUAACAUGUUAGUUUACAUGUUAAAUUAAGUACUAAAUGAAAAAUAACAUCAGCUGUGUGAGCUUUUGAAGUAAUGUCCUAUGAUUAUUAACAGUUAACAUAUAAUGUUCCUGUCUGUACCUUUAA